AUGGAGCAUAAGAAUAAGUCAUUGGCGACUGCAACUUCUCAAGCUCAAGGAGCUUCUGCUGACCCCAUGGUAGACAGAUUGAGUAGUGUUCCAUGUGAAGUUGCUCACCAUAUUCUUUCAUUGGUCAGUUUUAAAGAUCUCACUCGUGUGGGCAGCAUGUCCAAAAGAUGCAGGGAGUUUCAUCUCUCAACUCCAUCAUUGAAUUUUUCUUCCUUGUAUGGAAACAGGCAGCAGCAAUUGAACUUGUUGAAUUGUAUAGAUAGGUAUAUGAUUGGUCGCCGGGAGGAUAAGAUAAAGAGCUUUUGUAUUAAAUGGGAUUUCUGUGCAGGAAUUUCAGAAGAGAGUUUGCGAAUGAUGACUUGGAUCCUUAUUGCAGUGAGGUGCAAUGUUGAAGUGCUUGAUCUUGAGUUGAGGUUGAAUAGAAAAGAUGGGGCAACACUUGAAUUGCCAUCUUGCAUCUAUUGUUGUGAAUCUUUGAGGUCUCUGUUGAUCAGGACAGAGACGGUUCUUAAAGCACCCUCCUUUGCUUGUUCCAAUAAUCUCCAGUACUUGAAGUUGACUAGUGUUAGAAUGGAUGAUGGGUUUGGCAAAUGGAUCUCAUGCUCAUGCAAAUUCAUUAAGGAAGUAUUGUUAGAAAAUGUUCAUGUCGGAAGUUUCACCAUUGAAAGCUCGUCUUUGGAAUCAUUUACAUUGGUGUAUACCUAUAAUAGUGACCCCUGUCAUUUUAGCAUCUCAGGUGAGAAACUUGCGCAGAUAAGUAUAGAGUGA